GCGACUUGUCUUCCACGCCGCCGCGCCCAGCAGCGGACACGUACCCAGGCACUUAUUUGGGCAGGACACGCUCAACCAGCCCGCACACGCACAGCGCAUUCCACUCUUGCUCUCUCCCCACUCGCAUCUCUGACCAUGGGCACCUUCCCCGCUCUCAAAAACGACCUCAUCCUGCGCGCGGCGCGUGGUGAGGAGACCGAACGCGCCCCGGUGUGGGUCAUGCGUCAGGCGGGGCGAUACCUCCCAGAAUUCAUGGCCCUGCGCGCGCACCACAGUUUCUUCGAGAUCUGCCGCACCCCGGCGCUCGCAAAGGAGCUCACCCUGCAGCCCAUCCGCCGCUACUCCGGGCUGAUCGAUGCCGCCAUCAUCUUCAGCGACAUCCUCGUCGUCCCCCAGGCGCUCGGCAUGGAGGUGCAGAUGAACCCGGGCCCGCACUUCCCGGACCCGCUCAACGUGCCUGCGGACGUCGCGCGGCUCACGCAGGACGUCGACGUCGACAAGGAGCUCGGGUACGUGUACGAGGCGAUCACGCAGACGCGCCAGGCGCUCGACGGGGAGGUGCCCCUCAUCGGCUUCUGCGGCGCGCCCUGGACGCUCUUCUCGUACAUGAUCGAGGGCGGCGGGACGAAGACGUUCCAGAAGUGCAAGACGUGGCUCUUCAAGUACCCCGAGGAGUCCAAGGCGCUCCUCGACAGGAUCGCGGACGUCUGCAUCGACUUCCUCGUCGGCCAGAUCAAGGCCGGCGCGCAGCUCGUGCAGGUCUUCGACUCGUGGGCGGGCGAGCUCGCCCCGCACGACUUCGCCGAGUUCUCGCUCCCCUCCCUCAAGCGCAUCUCCGCUGGGGUGCGCGCCAAGCUCGCCGCCGCGAACAUCCCCGCGGUGCCCAUGACGCUCUUCCCGAAGGGCGCGAACCUCGCGCUCGCGACGCUCGCCGAGAACGCGGGGUACGACGUGAUCGGCAUCGACUGGUGCAUCUCCCCUGCGGACGCGCGGGCGGCGGUGGGCGACAAGGUCGCGCUGCAGGGCAACAUGGACCCGGGGGUGCUGUACGGCGGCCGGGAGGCGAUCGAGCGCGAGGUGAAGCGCAUGGCGGAGGGCUUCAAGGGCGGGAAGGGCACGAAGGCGUGGAUUGCUAACCUGGGGCAUGGGAUCACACCUGGGGUGAACCCGGAUGACCUGAAGUGGUUCUUCGAGUGCGUGCACAAGCACUCAGCGUCGUCAACUGCGUGAGGGUCAGAGUGUAGUAGGAGAGAAGCUCAGAACUAAGGGUGUACCAGUAGUACAUUUAGACGAAAUGCUUGCUGUAUCCAGGUCAUGUACAAUGCACACGGUGAAAC